ACAAGCCUGAGACAAAGCACAGGUCAAGCAAGAAGAGAAGUGUCAUUCCACAGAUCAUCAUCACCCGGGCCUCGAACGAGACGCUUAUCAGCUAUGGCAUCCCUGACAGUGAAGAGCAGAGGACCAUUCGGGAGCACGCCGACUGGGGCCCUUACUACCGACACAGGAGCCCCAGCACAAUAGCAGCCUAUGAUGUACACAACACAGAAUAA